AUGCAACUCACAAUGAAAGCCGCCCAAUUCAAUACACUCACCAACAAGGUUGAGGUCAAUGAGAUUCCUAUUCCUGAACCAGGACCAAAUGACAUCCUCAUCAAAAAUGCCUGCGCGUCUCUGUGUCAUUCUGAUUUGAUGCUAUUCUGGGGCCAUACGGCGGAGAAGCCCCCCAUGGAUAAAGUUACGAUCGGGCACGAGAACACUGGCACUGUUACGGCAAUUGGAAGCAAUGUGCAAGGUUUCAAAAUGGGAGAUAUUGUCGGAUGUCUUGGUUGCAGCUACGCUUGUUAUGAAUGCGAUGGGUGCCAGGUGCACAAUCUCCAUUGCGCAGAGGGAACCGGCCGUAUGCAUGGGUUUACUACUCAUGGUCAUUUUGCUGAAUACUCGCUAUCGGACUAUCGCAAUGCGAUGGUACUCCCGACGGGCAUGGAUACUGUUUCCACGGCUCCUUUGUUCUGUGCUGGUGUGACGGCCAUCCAAUAUGCUAAAGCAUUUAAAUUGCGUGUAAUUGGUAUCGACAUCUCCGACUCUCAACUCACAAACGCCAAAGCCCUGGGUGCAGAGUUUACUUACAACUCCGCCUUUUAUGCGGGCUAUGCUGAAGAGAUUAGACAGAAGACUGGCGGUGGUGUACACGCCGCCGUGGUCUUGAGCGCAUCAAAUGCUGCGUACAGCACAGCUCCCAACAUUCUCAGAAUCAAUGGAGUUUUGAUGGUGAUUGGAAUACCAAAGGAAAACCUCUCCAUCAAUGCUCUUGAUAUUCUACUUGGAAAAUACCGCAUCAUGGGCGCUAGCAGCGGCACACCACAGCAGAUGCGUGAGCCCAUUGAGUUUAGCCAUAAGCAUGGCAUCAAGGUGCACCUGACAACCGUUGACAAAAUUGAGGAUAUUCAGCAGAUAAUUGACUUAAUGGAGGGUGGCAAGACCGCUGGCCGAUUUGGGGUUGUUUUCUAG